UGGGAGAAAGAUUGGUGUUAAUACAAACCUCGAGGGUCAGAAUAAUCCUGGAAUUGAGGCUGUGCGAUUUGGUUUGUGGCGCAAUAGUCUAAAAGAUUUAGCUCAGUAAUACAACGAUGUCGGCAAGCAUACGUUGGAGUUUCUGAACAUAGCUUUCUGAGUUGUUGGAUGCCAUGUCUUACGUAUGACUGGUCUGUCGAGGUUUGGUCGCAGAACGAUGCUAAGCAGCGCUGGGCGGGGGAGAUUCUCGCGAGUGGGGAUUAAGAAUCAAAGUGCGCGCCGUCUCUGCAGAAGAAGACUUGCCAUUGGGGACUCCAGCUCCAUGUUUAUAGUUCGUGACAGCUGUCAGAGCCUCAUUUCUUCGAUCCUCCAACAGCUCUGUUGCCACACGGUCGCGUCGAGGUCACCGUUCUUACCUGCUGUAGCACAUAUCAUUCUCGAAGCAUGCCAUCAGCUUGAUGCUAUGCUGCGCUGGCAAUCGUAUUCGCUGUUGAUUGGGCCGCAGAUAAGUCCGUGGGCAAGGAACUGCGGGGGCAUUGGGGUGCGAAAGGCGGCAAAUUUCGAAUGCACACCGUCAGAACCAGGUAACUCCAUAUAUGACAUGCUGCUUCGACCGCCAGGUACCGAGGAUAUGGGCACGAACGACCAAUCAUCUGAUGCAGAAGAAAAAGUGAAAGCUGCUGCGUUGCCGUUAUGAGCUUGGUCUAAUGUAUGUGCUGGCAGUUGAAGGACGACUGAAAGACUUGCAAGGCUACCUCCUCAAGGCCGACGGGUGCCAGAUGUGUUAAGCAGAUUGGCCGAGCAUCCUCUCGGGCAAUGGUCCGCUUACGGUAAAGACAAAAGCGAGCCGUGCCGUUUCCGUCCCACUGUCAAUCCGUGGGCGCGCGUCAUCUUGAACGUUCCUUCUUCGCAUGUCGAUGCUGGGUAUUCGCCUGCAGAAGCAUGCCG